ACCCCAAUACCCCUCCGACGCAAACGCGCCAGGCUGAGCUGCGAAUCUGCACCUGUCGAGAUGUCCCUCCAGGCAGACUUUGAGAAGGUGGCAGAUGACGUGAAGAAGGUGAAGACCAGACCGACGAACGAGGAGCUGCUCGACCUGUACGGCCUCUACAAGCAGGCCAUGGUCGGAGACAUUAACACUGAAAAACCAGGGAUCACAGACCCAAAAGGAAAAGCCAAAUGGGACGCCUGGGACUCCAGGAAAGGGAUGUCCAAGGAUGACGCCAUGAAUGCCUACAUCACGCUCGCAAAGGAAGUCAUCAGCAAAUAUGGGAUGUGAGGGUCAUGAUAAACAAACGAGGCAGAAUUAAUGCAAAAAUGGUCUGAAGACUACAAAUUAAUUCUCUAAAAUGAAGCUGCUAGCUAUUUAACAAGUGGCCUUCUGCGUUCAGAGGCAAUACCUACACUGAAAAAAUGUGAUUUUAAAGAUUUCCCUUUCAUAGGACUUUUUUGAACUUAUUCUCAUUUAUUGCAUUAUGCAAUCAGACAACUCCUAUGCAGCCUUUAUUGUGGUAAAUAAUGUUGCUAGUUUGCUAGAUACUGUACUUGGACUUUUAGCCUGAUUAACAACACAAAUAACAAACUCUCUACUGUGAACACAACGUUUGAAAAUUAAACUGCUUUCAGUACUGUUU